AUGGCCGGACGUCACACACAGGCACGGUUUGAGUUCAGCCUCAGAAGGAAACUGACGCCUCUUGAUAUCGCAGACAUGUUCAACGACUUUGCUGAAGACUAUGAAGAGGUAUAUUCAAGCAUUGGUUGGAGAACUCAUGAAGUUAUCGGAGACUUCAUGGCUAAAAUUAUCCCAGAGGAAAAUAGAUCAAAACUAAAAGUCUUGGACGUUGCAGCUGGCACAGGACUUCUUGGAAAUGAGCUAAAGAAUCACGGGUUCACACACGUCGAUGCUUUGGAUCCAGCAGAAGAGAUGCUGAGUAUGGCCAAACGUCGCAACAUCUACCGAACAUACUUUUGUGCCUUUAUAAACAAAGACAGGAACGAUGCCAUAGAAACGGGUGAGAAACACUAUUAA